UGUUAUUUUCAUUUUUUUCCCGCAAAACGUGAGAAAGAAAAUGUGUUGAUGUUGUGAAAUUAUGACCUGCAAAGUACAGAAGGAUGAGUUUGUACUGUUCCGAAGUUGCUGUCUUGCAUUCUGCAUUUGCACUAGUAGAAAAACAGAUUGGGAAAGAGAAAUUGCAAAAAAUCUCAAAGGAAAAGUGUGAGAGUCCUGUUAAAAUAGUGUGUAAGGCAUUGGAUGAAAUUGUCCAUGGCUUAGAAGAAGACAAUACAACAGAAGAACAGAUAGAAUGGCAGGAGAAGUUACAUGAUAUGCUGCUGUACAAAGUUUGUCAGUCAUAUGACACAAAUCAGCCAAUCAUUAAUGAAAAUUCAGUUGUAGACAAAACUGAUAUGGUGACACAGAUUUUUCCAUCUUUUGGAAUAGCAUUUUAUACUGAAAUCAUAAAGAGAUGUGGAUGGACUACUAUGUUUUUAUCUAGAUUAGAAAGUUUACCAAUAGAAAUGGCAAGAGACAUCUUUAAGGACAUUCUUCAUGUUUCAUCGACCAAUUUGAAUGACAGUGAUAUAACUUUGAUGUUAGAACUACUGGAUUUUGUUCUGUCAAGGUUAUUUACAAAGUCAUGUGAUGAGACAUUCUUAUCUCCAUUCACUGAAGAGUCAACAGAAAGAAGUUUGAUAGUGUCUGCCAUUGUCACUAUAUUAAAACAUUUUCAGGAUUAUGAUCUAGGAAAAUUUCAUGACAAUGUAUCAAAUGAAAAUGUGAAUUUUCAGAUAUUUCACAUUUUAAAUAAGAAAACACUUCUUCAGAACUUUUUAUUACAGUUGUUUUUGUUAGGUGUUAUAUCGAUCCCCUCAGAGGAUUUCAAUUUAAACAACUUGAAAAGAUGGUUUUAUUUGAACAUCAGAGGGAAAGAAAUAGAUUUUAAGGAAAAUGAAUAUGCACAGCCAUCUCAGAUGUUUUACAAAAGCACUGGUCUUGGAAAAUACAGCAAACAUUCACAGAAAGUUGUUGUAUUUGAUCUUGAUUUGGAGUCCGUUCCAGUUUUACAGAAGACUUUUCCUUUGGAGAUGUGGACCUUAGUUGUCACUAGACUUCUUCAUUUGGAAACAUGUAAACAUGCAUUGGAUAUUGCGCAGUCAGAGUCUGUAUUAACCACAAUUCAAUUGUCAAAAUGUCCGCUCCAAAUAUGCAUGCCUGACAACACACCUGAUAAAUCGAAGAUUGGUUCAAAGAUUAUUAACUUAGAAUGUACUUUAUCAAACCUUGUUGCUGUUAGUUUUCAUAUAUUUUCUGAACACAAAUUUCUCCAACCUGAAGAUUUAGCUGUUUUGAGGAAGAGUGAAUCAGAUAUUAUUGACAUUGAUAUGGAAACUGUGAUAUGGAGAGCGGAAAAAAGACAACCUGGAUAUAAAGAUUGCAUAGAGGAGCUGUUGAAAAAUAAAUACCCAGAAAACUGGACAGAUAGCAAGCUCAUGAAAACCUUACAUAGAAACCUUGAUUUAUUAUCAGUGGAUGGGAGUUUGUACAAGAUGUAUGACCUUGUAGUUGAACUUGAAUCUGUAGUCUCGCAGCAAGAUGUGCUAGCUGUAAAAACGCUGGUUACAUCAGCUUUUGUCAGACUACCAACAGAGGUCAGAGACAGGCAUAUCCAUGAUGUAUAUCAGAAGUACCGAUACUGGCCAAAAAAGGAUUCAGUUUUAUCAGGGGAGAUUACUGCAGCUUUCAACAAACUAACCAGUUGUGGACCCAGUUCAAAGGUGAAUGAUGUGUACAAACACAUGUUACAGAACCCAGAACUUGUACUACAAUACAUUGUAGAGCGAGCCAUUACCUCAAAAGAUCAAGUUUCUAUCUAUACUGAGAUUUUGAAAUCAGUGCCAAGUAUUUGUAAAACAUGUCACCACAGCAACAGUCAUGUGACCCUACUUGUCUACACACUUAGUGGUUAUCUACAGACACAGACUUUGACUCUAAAAGAUCAGAAGAAUGUUUUGAAAUUUAUAAUGGAAACUUGCAUGCCAGAAGAGUACCUCAAAGAUUCUGGUUCCUUGCUUGAUCCAGUACAAUUCCUAGAAAAGAGUGUCUUACCAUACUUAAAUGUAGAUAAUUUAUAUGUUACUUCAUUACCAGUUACAGCAUGUUUUGCCUUGGAGAUGUUUAUGGAGGUGGUUGAAGCAAUACCCAGAAAGAAUGGAUUGAAAGAAGAACAAGAAAAGAAAUACAUUAGAAAAAUCUUCAAGGAAGUUAAUUUUCCAGCAGUAUUUCUAUGUCUGUGUGAGCUAGCACAUGAAUGUAUAGAUUUAAGUGAUGCGGAUGAAUUUAUAGCUAGUCAAAAACUAAAAAUAAAGGAAAAUCUGUUUACUUUAUGGCUUCAUCUGGACUACAGAAAUUACAUUGCGGAAGAAUUUUUAAGCAUUCAAGGGGAAUGGUUGGAAGAAGAAAUGACCAGUUUAGAUUUUACUGUUCAGUUGCUGAUACUAGGAUACAUAGCACCAGAAAAAUUGAAAAAGGCAUGUCAUAAUAUCCGCAAUGACCUGGCACAGUCUUCAGAUACUAAUAUUGUGGACAUAUUUAGAAUGUUUUCCAUCAAUGAGACAACGCUAACAGUGAUAGGUUGUUUGUUUAAUGAAGUUGACCUUCAGUUGGACCCUCACAGCAUUGUUUUAGCCUUAGUACAGGUAUUACCUUCCUUGAUUGAUGAAUCAUGGGUAAACUGUUGGUCUUUUGUUGGCUGCAUGUUAAAUCAGGAGAAAUUGGCCAUCAGGUAUAAAGUUCAAGGUAGCAGAGAGGUAGUUACAGGACAUUCUUCAGGAUGUCAUGAACUGAUAGAGUCCCAGAUGCUUUAUGAAGUAACAACAUUGCUACAGUAUACAGAUGUACGACAGAAUAAAUUGGUCCUCAAUAAUUAUUUGAAGUCCUAUGUGAAAUUUCUUAAGGAAUACGUUGUUGUAGAGGAUGAAGGAUUGAAACCAGAGGGAGAAGAAAGAGGAUUUCUGUUGUCAGAGGUUUUCUCUCAUGUUGUCAGAGGAAUGUGGUGGAUGGAUGAUUCUGAUUCUGAUCCUUGCAACAUUUUAUUACUAGAUAUUGUCUGCAGCAUGGAAGAUGUCAACAUUAACACAGAGGAGAAAAAAGUUCUCAUUGAAAAUAUAGCAGAUUGUGUUCAUUUCAUUAAAAAUAAAGACACAUUAUCAAUGGUUGAUAAAAAGCUAAAAGAUAUUUUUAAAAAUUUGAAUGAUUGAAAAUAAAUAUUCUUUAAGAUAGUUAACUACUAGUA